GAGCAGUUUAAUCUUCUUCAUUGAUGCCUGUCUAAUCAACGUGCUCUUUCUCAACCUGGCCACCAAGUGGCGCUCGGUAGCGAUGAAAUGGGACGAAGUAGAUGACACGUUUAACAGACCUCCGUACCACAUGCAGGGCUGGAGUCUCCGGAAGCGUCUGGGUGUUGUUUCUUUUACGUUGGUAUUUCUAGCCGCUGUCGAACAUAUACUGUCGAUUGUAAGCAAUGUGCACAAUCAGAUGGUGGAAAUCAAGUACUGCAACUGGACGGAGCCCAACUACUUCCAGCAUUAUUCUCUGCGUAGGUUUGCGAACAUUUAUCUAAACUUCCCCUACAAUAGCUUGAGUGCAGUAUUCUUUACGUACGUAUCUUCCGCACUGACCAUGUACUGGAACUAUCAAGACAUCUUCAUCAUCAUGAUCAGUAUCGGGUUGGCGACACGAUUUCAGCAGAUUAACAACUACCUGAAGAUACUGUCGGACGGAGUGCUCAUUCCUGGGGAGGACUUUUGGAUCCGAGUCCGCACCAACUACGUCGCGGUUUGCGAGCUGCUGGACGAUGUCGAUCGAGCAAUAUCGUGGACAAUGUUAAUCUCGUGCGCCACCAACCUGUACUACAUCUGUUUGCAGAUUCUGCAUGUCUCAAAGAAACUGGCCAACACGGUCGAGGACGCUUACUAUGGGUUUUCGCUGGGCUUCUUGAUCGUACGCACUGUCAUCGUGUUUCUGUCGGCAGCCCACAUACAUGACUGUGCGAAAAAACCAUUGGAUAUUAUUAUGAAAAUUCCCAACGUUGGCUGGUGUGUGGAGCUUGAACGAUUUUCUACGCAGCUGAAAAGCGAAAAGGUUGCCCUUUCCGGAAUGGGCUUUUUCAGUCUUACGCGGCAGCUGCUCUUUUCGAUGGCUGGAACAAUUGUUACAUAUGAAUUGGUUAUGCUGAAAUUCGACCAAGAAUCAGAGAGCAAGGGCAACAUACCGCUUUGCACCAAGUUUAGACGAUUCGAACACGUGAGAGUUUUCUAUUUUUCCCUACAUCCCGGCCCGCCAUUGUUUGCUGGAAAAGUGCUGCGCUGGGCUCGGCUUUUCGGAGUGUUUCCGCUGUCGAACAUUACGGCCACCGAUCCGGGCGCGUUUCGAUUUCACUAUUUUUCACCGUACAUCGUGCUGAGCGCGCUCAGCAUUGUGGGCGGUUUGUUUAUUAUGGCGGCGGCGCUGGUGCGGCUUAAUCGCGUCGGCAUCAACGCGAUGAACAUUGCCGAACCGAUCUUUUUCGGGAUGUGCACGCUGCUGCAGCUGCUGUUCGUUCGAUUGGCCCAGGCGUGGCGCGGCUUUAUGGUGUACUGGGCCGAACGGGAAGAGAUGUUCUUUGCCCGCCCGUACGGUGCCAUUAAUUUGCGGCGAAAGGUGAUCGGCUUAGCGAUUUGCAUCCUUACGUCUGCAUUGGUGGAACACGUGGUGUACGUGAUCAACCAGGCGUACAACGUGUAUCAGGAAAGCUUGACCUGCCAGUAUAAUGUAACGAAUCCGCUCAAGCUGUAUGGCACGCUGACAUUCGGGUCGGUUUACCAAUCCGUCCCGUACCAUCAUCUCUUGACCAUGUACCUACUGUACACGACAAUUUCGCUUACAUUCAUUUGGACCUUCACCGACCUGUUCAUCAUGCUGGUGGCCACCGGUAUAGCGUGCCGCUUCGGUCAGCUAAACAAACGCAUCGACAGUAACCUACAAAACGGUUCCGAAGCAUUCUGGGGCGAAAUGCGAACACAUUUUGUCGGGCUGAUCGAGCUGGUCGAGCGGACGAAUCGCAUUGUCGGUCCACUGCUGAUCGCUUCCUGCGCAAACGAUAUGUACUUUCUCUGCCUGCAGACUCUCAACGCGCUGGAAGAUAAACCGUACGACAUCAACGAUUGGUACUUUCGAUACUCGUUCACCUUUCUGAUAUUACGCACCUCCGUGAAGCUUUGGUUCGCCGCGGACGUGGACGAAAAUUCGGUACGAACGCACAAACUGGUGCAAAAGAUACGCAGUGAGCACUACAACGAUGAGCUGGAAAUAUUGCGCAUUUGCUCGAGCGGUGGUGUAUCCAUCUCCGGAAUGGGAUUUUUCACUAUUACACGCAGGAUAUUUCUUACCCUAAAAGAAGUGAACCCACUCGCCGGUGAAACGCGCACCGAGGAAUUCAUGCGCAUGAACCCGGAGCACACGAUCCCAACGCUGGACGACAAUGGCUUCUACCUGGGCGAAUCACGUGCCAUUUUGUCGUACCUAAUCGAUGCCUACCGUCCCGGGCACACGCUCUACCCGAACAUUCCGAAGGAAAAGGCCCUCAUUAAUCGGGUGCUGCAUCACGAUUUGGGCUCUUUCUAUCCCAAGUUCUUUGGCACCAUCGGUGCACUGUUUUCUGGUGCAGCGACGGAAAUUUCAGACGAAAUGAAAACCACCACCCAGAAGGCGCUCACUGACUUGGAGCACUAUCUAACACGGAACGAUUACUUUGCCGGGGAAAAUCUCACUAUAGCAGACCUUUCCCUGGUGCCGACGAUUUCUUCCGCCGUCCACUGCGGUUUGGAUUUGACCAACUAUCCACGACUAAACGCGUGGUAUGAGAGCUGCCGGGUGCUUAAAGGAUUCGAGGAUGAUCAGGAAGCUGCCCGUCAGGGCAAUGGGUAUGGGCGUGGAAAUUGGAAAAGUUUUGGUCGACAGUACGUUCGCCCGUGCGUUGGUUCGUUCCAUCAUGCCGUAGCACCGGGUAAACUGGAGAAGCACUUUCUGCUGCUCGGUCAGUGCAUCACGUUACUGCCGGUGGUGAACAUAUUCAGUGCAAAUUACCGCACGGCUCGCUUCAAGCUGCGAAGCUUCCGCUGCAUCUACUCGCUGGUGUAUCUAGCACUGACCGGCAUUUACUGCACCCUCUUCAUCCGGUGGUACAUUAGGAAGGGACUGAACCUUGCCUACUUCGCUAACUGCAUCUAUAUGGUGGUGGUGUACCUGUCGGCCUGGCUGUUUUUCUUCAUUGCCCUCCGCUGGCAGUCGAUACUGGGUGCGUUCAGUCGCUGUGAGCGUUCGUUUUUGAGCGACCACUAUCGCCGCCAAUCGAAGGGCCGCUUUGCACUUGGCUGGAAGAUACGGUUCACCGGCUUUGCCAUCUUUGCUCUGGCGCUAGUCGAGGACUGGCUGAACUACUACUCCGCGUACCAGAGCAACAUCGUACAGAUAGCUACGUGCAAUCGGACCAACGUGACGGUAUGGCAGAACUUUUACCUACGCGAGCACCCGCACGUUUUCCAUUGGCUACCGUUCAAUGGGUUUACGAUUGCAAUAACGGAGUGGAUCAACCGUUGCAUGCGCUACACUUGGACGUACCUGGACAUCUUCAUCAUCUCGUUCUGCUACGGUGCCCAGUUCCGGUACGAGCAGAUCUUUCGACGCUUGGUCGCCGUGCAGGGUAUCGCUUGUCCGACCAACUUUUGGCACGACGUGCGCAUGGACUACGUGGCCGUGUCGGAGCUGGUGCAAGUUUUGGACGCCCAGUUCGGACACCUGAUCCUGCUCGCCUGUGCGAACGAUAUGUACUUCAUCGCGACGCAGCUCUUCAAUGGGUUUCAGUAAGUGCUUGUUGGUGAGUUGUUUACAAUGAUUGGAAACAUUCAUUCCCACUCCCCCCACAGACGCCGUAGAGUCAUUGCAAACUACGUGUACUUCUGGUACUCGCUAUUGCUUCUCAUGUUCCGAACGAUCGUGAUGCUUUAUGUUGGAUCGGGAGUGUACGCCGCCUCUACCAGCCCUCUUCAGCUGCUGCGAAACGUGCCUUCCCAGCAUUGGGGCAUUGAUUUAACGCGCCGAUCCCGAUCAACCAUGGAAUCGCCGGCAAUUGAUGACUUCCACCGGGCGGUGAGGCCGUUUCUGCUGAUUUCGCAACUGUUUUCGCUCUUUCCGCUUGGCGGCCUUUACGGUCGAACGCUGCAGGAUAUUCGGUUUCGGUGGUUUGGGCCGGGUACCGUCUACAGCUUUUACUUCUUCCUGUCCGGGCUGCUCACGCUGGUGGCGCACAUUUAUUACAGCCUGACCGUGGACACGCUGGGCACCUCGGAAAUCAGUAACAUAAUCUACUACGUGCUGAAUCUGUCCGGAGCAAUCGUACUGCUGGCCAUAGCGGCACGCUGGCGAACGAUCAUGGAGAAGUGGCGCAGCUUGGAGGAAAACUUUCUGCAUCCUCCGUACGCCGAGAGACGGUUUUGGAGUUUGAAGCGUGUCGUCGCGGCGAUUGGCAGUACGAUGGUUGUGCUCGCUUUUGUGGAGGACACACUGCACGUCGCCUCGGUGUACUACACCAACCUGCAGUACUUUAAGCGCUGCGACAACAGUACACCCUUCUGGACGCUGUUCUACCAACGCGAGCAUCCCAAGUUCUUCCACUAUUUGCCGUACAGCUUGCCCGCUGUGCUGCUGCUCGAGCUGACGCACAAGAUAUUCCUGUACGUGUGGACGUUUAUGGAUCUGUUCAUCAUUUUUGUGGCACUCGGGCUUGCCCGGCGGUACGAGCAGUUCUAUCGCCAUGCGGCCCAGUACAAGGGACGGCAUGUGAUGGGCCCGGUUUGGCAGCGGUUGCGGCUGGACUAUGGCCGGAUCUCGAGCUUGGUCGCGUACAUGGAGGGCAUCAUGGCACCGAUCAUCGUUUGCACCACCGCGUCCGAUCUUUACUUUAUCUUUUACCAGAUGUAUAACGCUUUCCAGUUCUCUGCCUCACUCAUCUCGGAGUUGUACUUUAAAUUUUCACUCGCAUUUCUAAUUUUUCGAACGCUCGUUAUGCUGCUGAUCGCUUCCAACAUACAUGUGGCAUCGUUGCGACCGCUCGACAUCUUACGCUCCGUGCCGAUGAGCUGCUGGACUAUCGAUGUACAACGAUUUACGCAAGAGCUCCUGUCUGGUCGGAACUGUCUCUCGGGACAUGGAUUUUUCUUUCUCAAUCGAAGCGUCAUACUUGCGAUGGCAGGCACGCUUAUCACGUACGAGCUUGUGAUGUUGAAGGAGGUUAACCCGUCUUCGGAAAAGAGCGAUUUUUUGUCGUGGUGGUUCUUCACUCUAAACCUACUAAUAUCAAUCAACUUUGCGGUACUUGCACGCAGCUGGCCACAGCUUAUGUCCCGCUGGGUACAGCUUGAGCAAUCCCUGCCGGAUCAGCCGAGACUGAGCGCUGCCUGCCGCAGAAACGCACGACAGGUCGGGCUAGUGGCGACAGUUUUGCUCACCAGUGGACUAAUUGAACAUGUGCUUUCGAAGCCGGCUGGACUGCAUCGGGCCUACCGGUGUCCGAUCCCGAACCUGCUGGAAGCACACUACAAACAAGCGUUUCCGGAAAUGUUCUCCUUCGUGCCUUACAACCCAUACAUUGGUUUUUUAGCACAAACGAUCACGUCGCUGCUUACGGUGUACUGGAACUAUGUGGAUCUGUUCUUGAUAUCUGUCAGCGUCGGCCUCCGCACGAACUUGGCGCAGGUGAACGAUGUGAUCGCAAGCUCCGAAAAGCUGUACCAUCGAGGCAUCUUUUGGAAGGACCAAUGCACGCACUACCGGCGUGUACUAGGUUUGAUACGGCACGUGAACAAUCAUAUUGGCGUGUUUAUUGUCAUUUCUUAUGCGAGCAAUCUGUUCUUCAUCUGCGUCCAGCUAGUGAAUGUUUUCCAACAGAAUUCGUCUUUCAUCGUCACUUCGUAUUUCUGGUAUUCGCUGUUUCACCUUAUUGGGCGCAUUGUUGCCGUUUCCUUGUACGGUUCCGCAAUCCAUGACGAGUACUGCCGGACACGCACCCUGUUCUACAACCUACCGGACGAGUACGGCUACACUGAUGAGGUACGCAUGCUUUCGAUGCUUAUUUUACCGACAAAAGUGAAACCUAGCACACGUCAUUUGAAGCUAACCUAUUUGGAGCUGCAGAAAACCAACAUAACAUGUAACGAUAUCAUCUUUCAACAUUCUCCCACCCUGCAGGUCCAGCGGUUCCAUCGACAGGUCGAGCAUGACUCGGUGGCAUUGAACGGCUAUGGCUUUUUCUAUUUAACGCGCAAACUCAUUCUGAAGAUCGCAGCUACGGUCGUAACGUACGAGUUGGUUUUGACGCAGGUUAACGAAGCGGAAGCCAAAAAUGGUGACGAUAAUCCUUGCACUCUGCAGAUCGAUGAGCUAGUGAGCGAAAAGCGAAGAAAGAUGGGAUUUGCUGUGAGUGAAAACCACGAUACCAAACCACUAAUUCAACCGACCUGGCACACCUGCCUGAAGCGCUGGUGUGCGUCCUGGCUCCACUGGCCAAGGGUGCAGCGGCGGGCCAGUCGGGAGGAUUGGCUGUUCAAUGGCACCUUUCACGAAGCGUCCCGCGGCGUACUGAUGAUGGCUCAGCUGUUCUCCAUCAUGCCCGUCUGUGGCAUACUGGCGAAGGAUCCGCGAAAGUUACGCUUUUCCUACACGGCGGGCCGUACGUUCUACGCCUACUUUUGUGCGAUUGGCAUCGGCUUUCUCGCGACCAUGUCGGUGUACUUUUUCGCCAGCAAGCGGUACCACUUUCAGAAGAUGGUGACGGCGUUCUUCUACUGCUACAACCUGUAUGCCAUGUAUCGGUUCGGGCGGCUCGGUCAACGGUGGCCAGCGUUGAUGGUGAAGUGGGCCCGCGUCGAUGACUCGUUGCCACCGCAGAAGGGUCUAUUUGAGCGGGCGGUACUGGCGUACCGGAUUAAGCUCUGCUCGAUCAUGGUGAUGGCACUGUCGCUGUCCGAGCAUUUGCUCUCGAUCGUGGCGGCGGUACACUACUCGAACAACUGUCCCGCCGUUCACGAUCCGUACGAAGCGUUCUUCAAGUCCAACUUUGCAUUCGUGUACUACUACUUCCCGUACUCGACGUGGCGCGGCUUUCUGACCAAAUUCUUCAACGUGAUUUGCAAUUUUAUGUGGAGCUAUGUCGAUUUGUUUGUGAUCGUCAUCAGCAUGGGUUUGUCGCACGCCUUUCGACGCAUCAACGCCCAUCUGUUCCUGCACAAACGAGAGAAAAUGACGGAGCAGUUCUGGGGCGAACAGCGGCAAAAGUAUCGGAAUGUGUGCGAUCUAGUGACGACAGUGGACGAUCACAUCUCCGCCAUCACGAUGCUCUCCAUUUCGAAUAAUCUGUUCUUCAUCUGCGUUCAAAUCCUCAACAGCAUGAACUCGCGACCCACCCUGGUGCACACCGUGUACUUCUGGUUCAAUCUGAUCAUUCUCAUCGGCCGUACGCUAGCCGUUGCCAUGUUUGCGGCGGAAGUGAACGACGAAUCGAAGCGCCCGAUCGAGGUACUGCGAACGAUACCGCGCGAGGGCUGGUGCCUGGAGGCGAAACGGUUCGCUGAGGAGGUGACGACCGAUACGGUCGCCCUGACCGGGCUCAAGUUUUUCAGCAUGACCCGCCAGCUGGUGCUGAACGUGACGGGGGCAAUCAUUACGUACGAGCUGGUGCUGAUACAGUUCCACAAGGACGAAGCAUCGGAUGUGGAUUUGUGUAAGCUAAAGCGCAUGGACACGUUGUAAGCGUGGUUCCGAAUUGUUGCUGCGCUUGUAUACGAUGAGGACGAUUGGUCGCUUUCCGUGUUUUUUUGUCGUUGGACGUCGUUUGCUGUUUGUGUAGUUUGUAUUCGAUGUACUCGUACCGUAGCCGUUCCAUGUUGAGUGUGAGUGUAGUGCCACUCCCGAGAGCUUGCCUCUAAUAUGGUUUCCCUUUUUUGGGUUUUGAUAUAAUUUCAGGUUUAUUCGACCCGUUUGAUGAUAAAUACUAAUAGUGUAAGCAUUCUGUUGCUUGUGUGAGCGUGCUUUGGAUGUUUGCUGUUUACUCUUUUUAUUGGCGUUCAUCCUUUCCCGAUAACCCUUCCGGAAAGGGGAAACUAUUUCCAGCGAACAGUGGGGAAAGACUGUAUCUUAUUUACCUCUCCAAAAACCCACGGUUCAAUUUUGAUCAUCUAGGCUUCGCUUCAAAAAUCAAACUCCGAACCAUCCUUCCUGGAAGCGUCUCUAGCGAGACAUCUUUAAGAGGGUAUUUGGUAUUAAACCGGCACCAUCCUUCGCUUCGGUAUCGGGAAAAGGGCUGAAAUCUAAUCGAUUGUAAACGCUCCAACCGAGCAU